AUGGCUAUUUUCGGAACCGCCCCACCCUUCGACGCAGACGUGGAACUAUGGAGUCACUACGCUGAAAGGUUAGAACGGUACUUCGUCGGAAACAAGAUUACAGACGGGAAUCAGCGCACCGGUAUUUUUCUCUCGGUUGUGGGACCGAAAACCUAUGGGCUACUUCGGAGUCUCCUGGCCCCGGCCAAGCCGAGCACAAAGACCUUCGUGGAACUAGUGGCAACACUCAGCAGUCACUUCGCCCCGAAGCCGUCUGAAAUUGUGGAACGUUUCCGUUUCAACUCUCGUGUCCAGCAGGAAAAAGAAACUGUAUCUACAUUUAUCGCUGAAUUGAGAAAACUAUCUGAGUUCUGCGAAUUCGGAACCACUCUGGAUACGAUGAUACGGGACAGGCUGGUAUGUGGUGUUAGGGACAUUGGCAUACAAAAGCGAUUGCUUGCUGAGCGGGAAUUGACCCUGGAGAAAGCUACUACAUUUGUGUGCGCCGUAGGAAUGGCAACCAAGAAUGCCAUGGAACUGAGUCAUCCUCCGGACAACUCAGUGAACCGGAUCAUCAACCGAAAGGGUCGACAACGUCCGGCAACACCUAUCGUGCCCGUCAAGAAAGAUGGCACAGUAAGAAUAUGCGGCGAUUUCAAGGUUACGCUGAACCGAGUCUGUGACGUUGAACAAUAUCCUCUUCCGAAGAUUGAAGACAUGUUUGCGUCGCUUAGUGGAGCGGAGUGCUUUUCGAAAGUGGACCUACGCGACGCAUACCAGCAGAUUCCACUUGAUGAAGACUCACAGAAAGUCGCGGUAAUAAACACCCAUCGAGACCUGUACAGCUACAAGAUACCUAUGGCAUCGCUUCUGCAUGCCAUCUUCCAGCGUCGAAUGGAAUCCUUGCUGAGAGAAAUUCCUGGAACGCAAGUCUUUCUCGAUGACAUCCUGAUUGGAGAACGGGAGGCGAACUUUGGAGAAACCCUGCGCAAGGUACUCCAGCGUCUACAGGACAACGGUGUUCGUAUGAGGGAGGACAAAUGUGAGUUUCAAAAGUCGGAAGUUUCGUACUUUAGACAUCGCAUUGACAAAAGAGGACUACAUCUCGUAGAAAAGAAGCUGAGAGCAAUAAUAGAAGCGCCAGCACCGAAAGACGUGCACGAAUUUAGAUCUUUCUUGGGACUGCUUACUUGCUACCGCAGCUUCAUUCGUAACAUGUCCUCCUUGCUCAGACCCUUGUACGACCUACUGAAAAAUGAUUCCGUCUGGAAAUGGGAUACUGCUCAAGAGGAAGCACUCAAAAAGGCGAAAGAUGUGUUGGUAAAUUCUGGAUGUCUCACACAUUUUGAUCCGUCCCGAGAACUUCAGCUUGAGUGCGACGCAUCGCCGUACGGAGUAGCAGCAGUUCUAUCACACCGCAAGAUAGACCAAUUGCGUUCAGGUCGAGAACUCUCACGGCGGCAGAACAGAACUACUCCCACCUGGAGAAGGAAGCAUUGGCACUUGUUUUCGGAGUCACGCAAUUCAGAGACUACCUGUGGGGACGACAGUUCAUUCUCCGGACGGACCACAAACCGUUGCGGCAAUGCAGAUGCACUAAGCCGCAUUCCCAAACAAGGAACAGCAACUGAGGAAGAACUCGCAAAUUCAGAAGCAGUAUGUUCUAUCCAAAACCUCGUGGAGGGGCCACUGUCAGCAAAGCAGCUAGCCGUCUUGACAAGCCAAGAUGCUACCUUGUCAGCACUCAGGGAUGCCAUACAGCGGGGAUGGCUACAUAAGCUGCAAGACAAGGCAUUGCAACCGUAUUGGUCUCGAAGAGAUGAGCUCUCGACGGACCAAGGACUGAUCAUGUGGGGAAGGCGGAUAAUCAUCCCAGCAAAAGCACGCCAUGUAUUGCUACUGGAACUCCAGUCUACACACUCUGGAAUGGCAACAAUGAAAGCAGUAGCAAGAUCACUAUUUUGGUGGCCCGGAAUAGGUGGCGACAUCGAAAGCUCGGCACGGCACUGCUUGGAAUGUCAACUGGCACAGCCAAUGCUACCAGCAAAGGAACCUCUGUUCUGGCCAUCGACAACUAUAAGAUGGUCACGCGUGCAUAUUGAUUAUGCCGGGCCAGUCGAGGGAAUGAUGCUACUCAUCGUAGAAGACAGUUUCUCACGUUGGAUUGAAGCAAUUCCGGUUAAGAAUGCUUCGUCUGAGCAAACGGUGAAGGAACUUCGCGGUGUAUUCGCACGCUUUGGAAUUCCACACUGCGCAGUGUCAGACAACGGCACGCCAUUCAAUGGAAAACCAUUCCAGGAUUUUGUGAAAGCUAAUGGGAUACGACAUAUUCGUACAGCCCUAUACCACCCGCAGCCAAACGGACUAGCAGAAAGUGCGGUACGCACGGUGAACGAUGCGUUGAAGAAAAUGAAGACUGGGGAUUUGCGCACAAAUGUGGACCGCUGGUUGCAUUCAUACCGUCGAUCACCAAACACUGUGUCCGGUAAAUCACCCUCGGAAAUGCUACUUGGGUACAACAUCAGAUCAAGAUUGGACCUCAUCAGCGUCCGAGAACUGCACAAUGAGGCUAUCUCAAAACCUGACCAGGCACGACCAAGCCGAGAAAAAGGUUCAAGUUCGGAAACAGGUGUGCUCCAGCCAGGGGCGCACGUGUUCGCUCGAAAUUACGGGCGAGGACAAAAAUGGAUUCCUGGAGUGGUACAGAACCAAAAAGGAGUCUGGAUGGCUGUGGUGAAAACGGCGGUCGGAGACAUGACGCGGCACGCCGACCAACUGCGCUGA